AUGGUCAAAACAGCGGGGCCAGACUUGAAGCGAUACAUGGACAAGCGAUUGAGUCUCAAGCUUAAUGGCAAUCGCAAGGUGUCGGGCGUGCUGCGAGGGUUUGACCAGUUUAUGAACGUCACGCUAGACGAGACGGUCGAAGAGGUCUCAGCGACUGAGUCCAACCGUAUUGGUAUGGUGGUCAUCCGCGGCAAUAGCAUCGUGCAGUUCGAGUGUCUGGAACGGGUAUAA